AUGCUCUAAUCACCUAAAAAUGCAAUUUCAACUGCUAAAUUUUAGUAGAAAGUGAUGAACUUAGAAACAAACACAUCUUAAUUUGAUGCAACUUCAACAAUUAUUUAAUCUAUGUAUUUACAAAUAGACGAAUUGAUUGAAACAAUUAAAAAAAGAAACCCAAAAUAAAUUAAACAACAGAAAACUGAAGAUAAUAGCUUAGCAUAUCAAAAUUAAUUAAAUAUGUUCAGGGCUGAUGAAGAAUCAACUAAUUUAUAAUAGUAUUAUUUAGCUAUUGAAUCAGAAGAAAUAUCAAAUGCCUUGUAUGCCAAACCAAAUGAUGUUUUACUUUAACAAGCAUAAAUGAAGAAAACUAUAUAAGCACUUUAGAUUAAGAUAAAUCAAACCAAAUAAGUAAGCAUUGUUAUUUUUAUAAAAGACUCUUAGUGUAACAGAUAAUGAGUAUAGAGAACUUGAGAGCAAAGCAUAAGCUAUAUAAGAAAAAUAAUAAAAUUAUGCAUCAAUCUUAUUAAAACUUAAAGAAAAGUAAUAAUUAAAUGAUUCGGUUAAUAAAUUACUAGAUUAAGUAGGUUAAUAGUAAUGGUUAAAGUUACGUUAAUUAUUUGAUGUAGAUAUGAUUAAGCUUAGUAUUCCAUUUGAAAAGUUGAUUAAACUUUAAUAAUUAUUAUUGAAAGAAUCAGAAAACUUGAUAUAAGUAGGAAAACAUUAAUGUAUUUUGGAAGAGAAGAAAUAAUUUUUAAUUGAGAUUCAGUUAUAAUCACCAUUAAUUAAUUUAGUAUUAUCAUUUGAUUAGAUAUUGUUAAACAUAAUUCAUCAACCAAAAGAUAUGCUAAUCUCGAAAUAAGGUUUAUUAGUAUAAACUGUAAAAUGUCUUAAUAUUCUGCAUUAAAACUUUUGUUGCAUUAUUCAAAAUUUAACUAAGUUAAAUUAUUCAUAAAAAUAUUUUGAGGAAUCAUAAAAGGAAUUAAUAUAAGUAACUGCUUAAGCUAAGACAUUUUCAUUGAACAAGACUUAAUUGCUGAUUGAAAUUGAUAAAAUGAAGAAGUAACUAAAAGAUUUAUAAUAAUAAUUAUAAAAUUCUUAAAUGACAACAGAUCGAAAUAUUGAAAAUGAGGUUUAAAAUCUUUUAACAAUGUAUUUAAAGGAUAAAGAAAUUUUGAUGAGGGAAAUCAAAUUUAAAUAUGGUAAAUAAUAUCAUGAUCAUAUGAUUAUGGAUGUUAAAUAAGAAUUCAAAAAAAUAUGUUUAGGAUAAUAAUUUGAAUAGACAAAAAAGAUUGAAUAAGCAUAUAAUAGAAUGGAUGAAAUCUAAAAACAAAUCAUAAAAAAUAAAGAUAAAAUUAUAGAAUUAUUAAAAUAGUUGAAAGAACAUAAGAUUAAUCUUCAAUAAACUAAAACUGAAGAAUCAUAAAUAGAUAAAAAAGAAUUUCUUUUACAAUUAUAAAAUUUAAAAAUUAUACUACUUUAACUUGAAAAUAAAAUUUAAAAAAAAACUCAGCAUAAUUCUGAAUAAUUAUUAUAAGAUCUUUAAGUAGAAAUAAAUAAAUUAAAAGAAUUUAUUGAUCAAAAUUUUUUUGUUUAAAAAUAGAGAAGUGAUUCUAUUGAUACUAUAAAAAAAACAUAAAAGUUUGAGCAUGCAAGAUCAUAAUCAUAAAUACCCAUAGUUUCUACUUUAGGAUCUGAAAUUUCUGGUCCAAUUUAAAGUCCAAAAAAUAUAUAAUAUCCAAUUUAAAACCCUCAAGAGAUAUUUGAUUCCUCUGAUGAUCCUAUCUAAAUUGUCAAAAAGCCAUUUUCAGAAUGGAACAGUUAUCAAUUAAGUUUUAAUUAAAAUUAACUAAAAUCAAUAUCUGGAAUAAGUGGAUAAGAAUAAUCUUUUAUCACAUAAAAAGAAAGUAGUUUGCAUGGUUCAAUCUUAGAAGCUAUGUCUAGCAAUAGAAAUAAAAAACCAGAGAUUCAUUUGAUUGUAUUUUUAAAAUUGAAUGAAUGCAGUAAAACAUAUGAUCCCACUAAAAAUGAAGAUCCAUAAAAAUAUGGUUAUAGAUUAUAUAGAAUUGAUAAUCAAUUUAAUGUAAUCAAUUUAAUUAUGAAAGAUUUUUAGUUCUGAAGAGAAUGAGAAUAUGAAUAGUUAUUAAAAAUUUGAGAGGAGACUUGAUGUUAAAUAACUUAUUUUGGUAAUGAUUAAAUUGGAUUUUAGGAUGAUUGUAGUCAAAAUGCUUUGAAGUUUAGGAUGAUUUAUGAACCUUCAAUGAGAGGAAUAGUUUAAGAUAGUUUAGCUUUAAGACAUUUAAAUAUGCAACAUCUACCAUUCAAAUUAUAAGGAAAUUCUGUAAUAGUUAAUGGGUUAUGCUUAAAUGAGCAAGACUUAAUUAAAUUAUAAUUAUUAUUUAAGUAAUGA